ACCCGCCGUAAACGAAAAUUGUGUCCGAGGAAAGUAAAAUAGUUGGUUAAAUAUUAUCUAUUCUUUCAAAAUAAGAGGUGGAAUCGACAGAACGUGGUGCUAACGCUAAGAGAGCGCAAACUACGAAUAAUUCAGUGCUAAAUUGAAGCUGCUUCUUUCAAAUUUUGAAGCCGGCAGUGUUUGUUUGUAUCAGCAGCAACUUUAGCAGAUGGCUAGUUAGCCACAUAGCACAGGGGAGGUAACGUUACCUUGUCAACUAGAGUCAACUGAAACUGCUGUGGCCCUUAACGGCUAAGAAAACACUCCGCAGAUACCCUUUCAACGUUCAUUGCAAUGUCGCUGCCGUUCGAAGCUAGCUUUGGGGUGAGCGACAAAAGAAAAGGGGACACUAUUUGUGUGGUACCGGACCUCUUCUCUGAUCUCUUGGAAGACAACUUCGACCUGAACAGGUCCUACCCAUGUACUCAGAGAAGUGUACACAAGAAGAGCCUUCUUUCAUUGAAGCAUCGAUUUUAUCCAGGAUCACUGAGAGGUCAACAUGUGGAUGCGUGCAUAUCUGUGGCAGAACAGAACCAUCUAAUCUCAAACUUACACCCUUGCUCCAGAGUUUCUUCUGCCUCUCUACCACAUCCUUCCACUGUGUCAGAGAAAGAGGAAAGUUUAAUCAGCCAGUUAAUCUCUGGAAGGUUUGACCUGUCAGGAUCUCCAUCUGCCCUCAGCCCAAAUAAAGUCAUUCUUGCCAUUGACCUUAAAACCACACAGAUUUUGUCAGCAAAUGAACAGGCCUGCAAGCUCUUUGAGUGCACCACCAAUGACCUAAUUGGAAAAAAGCUGUCCUGUAUCUUGAAGAAAACCAAUCAGGUCCUGGAAGACGCAUUGGAAGAAGAUUUUCUGCUUGCAAAUGGAACUGUUACAUCUGUGUCUGGAAAAGUGGUGGAUGCUAUGACAUCAUCUGGAGAGGUGCCAGUAUCACUGUGUACCCACAGGCAGUCACAGAAUGAAGAGCAGUGGUUUGUCAUGAUGGAAAAUGUGGAAAGGAUAUCAGCCUUCAUGUCUUUUUCACAAGAAGGCAGCAUCCUUACCUGUGACUUGAUAUUUGCACAACUCCAUGGAUAUCACCAUCCUGAUGAGUUAAAAGGGAUGUUUGUUAAGGAGUUAAUCCCCUCUUUAGAAAUCCCCCUCCAUGGAAACUCAUUGCCCAAGAUGUUGCGUGUUCAGAGAGUGUGUGGGAAAAGCAGAGGAGGUACAUCUGUCCCACUGUGCAUCAAACUUCAGGGGGCAGUGGUAUGUGGGAAGCCCCAACACCAAGACAACAGGACUUGUUUCACCUGUCCAACAGAGAGUCCUGAAAAAUCAGAUGCUGCAAAAAAGCAGCCAUGCUCACCUCUCAAUUUGAGCAAGACAGGAGGCACAAAGCCCGAACAUUGUGAGAAAACCCAUGAAAGGGAGCCAUCCUUUGGUGUCAAAGUGGACAGCCUUGUCCUCUCCCCUGGCCCUUCACUGGAGUACUCAGGAACAGUUUGGGUGUUUGCCCCUCUGAGCGGUCUCCUCCUCCUCCACCCUGAUGGUUUGAUCUGCAGCAUUCCUGACCACCUGGCACUCAGUCUGUUUGGCUACAGCAAGGACGAGCUGCUGAGAAAGAGCGUCACUUUUCUGAUGCCUGGUUUCUACGGAUGGAUGUUGGACUCCGACAGAAAGGCCAGCUCCUUCUCUGAUUCUCAAGCAGAGGCUGGUAAAAGCGUGGCCUCAUCUAAAGUGUUAGGGAAAACUGAUCCUUCCUCUCUGGUGGCGGGGGAUAUGGCCACGGUGAAUCACGCCGCCCAGGGAAGAACCCCACGAGGAAGAGGAAGGAUCUUCACAGGAACCAGCACUAGGCUGGAGAAACAGGGCGCCCUGUCCACACUAUCUCCUCCUGCUGUCACCUCUACACGUGUCAUAAUGGCGGAUGACACUGCAGAGCUGUUGGGGCAGGCAGCACAGGUGGCUCCCUGCAGUAGCCACCUGGACAGUGCAGAUACCACUCAAGCACUCCUAAAGACAUUUACCUGGGUGGAUCCUCCAGAAGAAAACACCUCCUGUCUGCUUUCCACCAAACUACCACACCAUAAUCAAGAGGAGAAUGCUCAUAGAAACAAUUUCCCCACCAUCCAGAUCAUCCAAGAUACUCCAUGUCAAAAUCGACAUGCCAUUGCCACUGUAAAUGAAAAAUCUCCUAAAAUGGGCAGAAAACACUCAUGUUCAUCUGCCCUUCAAGACUCCAGCUUUGAAGUCAUCUCCCUAGAAAGCAGGUCUUCUUCUGGUUUCUGUGAAAAGUUCCCUGGCCAAGGUGGUUCUGAUCAAGGCCAGAUGGACGACUCUCCAUCUGUACACAUAGUGGACUCAGCCAGCUGUUUCCUCGACCUCAACAGUCAAGGUGAUCUGGUGACCCGAGCCCUGUCUGAACUCAACCUGAGCAGUAGUGUAGAGCUACUCAGUGGUGGAGCACACAACAGUGAUCACCAAGCCUCCAUGAUAUCCUGCGAUACAGCUGAGCUUCUGCGUACUCCCUCCCUAUGUGUGAUAGACUCAGACCAGGGAGAAGAGCCUGUCGAGACUGGGAACGCUGGUGUGGAGGCCACAAAUGGCUCAAGUGAAGUGCAAGAAGAAAAAGAUCAAGGCGAGCGGGAUCAGUGGGCGGCUCUCUCUACAAUUCAUAACGAUAAGAGUCAAGGAUUCAGUCUGCAGAUGAAUGAUGGGAAUCAAUCCAUGGCAGACAUUCCUGCUACAUCUACUCCCAAGAAACAGAAUGUGAAUGGACACAGCUUAUCCUCUGAGGGUACACAGAUAGUGGAGGGGAGAUAUGAAGGAAGUGCCUACCACAGAGAUGGCACAAGAAUAGAUGUGCAGUGUGAUGUGUGCAAGGCCGACCUUCCUGAUGGAAGAGUCAUGUUCUGCGUGUGGGUGAGCAGGUCCAGACAGCAGGGGGCACUGCUGCAAACAAACAAAUCACUACACAACUUAUCAGACGCCAGUCUAGGAGAGAGGAUUGGUGAUGCCAGCUAUGGGGAGGCACUGCGCUCAACCAUGGACCUGGAGCAGUCCCGGGCUUGUGACGGGCAGUUUGAAGAGGAGUACCAGCCUGUUAAAGCUGUAGGAAAAGGGGCUUUCGGUUUUGUGUGGAAGGCUUUAAGGCGCUGUGAUGGACAAGAAGUGGUUGUGAAGUUCAUCAGCAAGGCUCGGAUAGUAAGCGACUGCUGGGUGGAUGACCCCAUGCUGGGACGAGUCAGCCAGGAGAUUGCCUUGCUCACACGAGUUCAGCACCACAACAUAGUCAAAGUGCUGGAGGUGUUUGAGAAUGGGAGUUACUUCCAGAUGGUGAUGGAGAAACAUGGAGAUGGUUUGGACCUUUUUGAAUUCAUAGACAUGCAGCCGAGGCUGGACGAGCCUCUGGCCAGCUAUAUCUUCAGACAGUUGGUGGCUGCCGUCUUCUACCUGAGGACUAAGAGCAUCCUUCACAGGGACAUAAAAGAUGAGAACAUCAUCAUUGACAAGUGUUUCCAUAUACGCCUGAUAGACUUUGGCUCUGCUGCCAUGUUGGCUCCUGGGAAGCUCUUUUAUAACUUCUGUGGAACACUGGAGUACUGCUCCCCUGAGGUGCUCCAGGGAAAUCCCUAUGAGGGACCUGAGCUGGAGAUGUGGUCUCUGGGUGUUCUGCUCUACACUCUUUUGUUCAGUGAAAACCCUUUCUGUGGAGUGGAGGAGAUCCUGGAAGCCAAACUAAACCCCCCAUUUCCGAUCUCUCCAGAACUGCAUGGUGUCUUAUGUGGGUUGCUGCACCACGAUGCUGCUCAGAGAAUGACUCUGGACCAGCUGUUGCUGCAGACCUGGAUCAGCCAGCCCAUUUCUCUGGCAGAAUACAGCUGGACAGAGGUGGUCCCUACAACUCAGAGCUACUGCUCACCACAGAACCAGGAAUCAAGUCCUCAGGUGUAUAUCACAAAAAGCUUGUUCCCGGAUCAUCCUGAUGAGACUCUUCCUGUUGAUGAUGAGGAGGAGGAGGAAGAAGAUGAAGAUGACAGAUUGUCAAUGGUGGCCCUGGAAACAGAGCUUCAGAAGUACCUCUGUGAAGACUAGAGACUUGAUUGAAUGUUGAAAUUAGCCCCAUAUCUAUCCAAAAUAUUGCCUCUGAAGAUGUAGGAGGACACUGAGUGUCACAGGAGGCUUGUUUUGGGUUGUUUUCUGUUUAAGGAAAUAUUUUAGUGAUCAGGACUUUAAUUUUUAUGAGGUAUAAACUAUUUCACUAUAUGUGAGCUGCUGGCAAAAUUUUCCAUGUUUAUAUGUAGGACUGCUACAUAGAAAAGCAACAUUAUCAUGAUGCACCAGCAAAUAUUCCUUUGAUUUAUACAUAUGUUUUAUUUAUUCUUUUGAAGAAGAGAAACUUUAUGGCAUUAAAAUCAGUUUUUUAUCUGUAUCCAGCUUUGACACUAAAACCCGCAAGACCACUGGUUUGAGUCGUUUACCUCUAAGAAAUUAUACAAAUUGGUUUAAAUGAAGUAAAACCGUUUUGUUUUGUUGAUCCAGCUUUUUUUUAGAAAAUGUGUU